CGGCGCAUGUUUGGUUCAUACUCGUCUUCCUCAUAAAUGAAGCGCCUUCUUCCGUCGAUAGCGGCCGUCGGCGUUUGUGUGUACCGAGAAGUUGUUUCUGUUGCGUUUUGCUGACGUAACGUGCACCUCUUCUCUGAUUGGCCACUGCCCGACCCGUGCGCUUCAGAUCAUAUAAAUACAACUAAUUCCAGUCCGAACUCAGACUUCGGCGUCCCCGUCACGAUGGUUCAGUCCAACAAGCCUGAGGUUUUCCAGGUCAACCUCUCGUCUCCCGGUCGACCCUCCUACCGCAGCGGGGAUAAGUUUUCCGGCUCGGUUCUGCUGGCGGCGGACAAACCUUGCAGGUUCGCCGGACUCACGGUGACCGCUGUCGGUGUGGCGCGUGUCAAGCACCGGGGCAGGAAGCGGAGGCGUCAGGAGAAGGAGCACCUGAACCACCGUGAGGAUGUGCCGCUGGAGGCGCAGCUGGAGAGAGAUGGCGCCGGCUGCUUCCUGCUUCCAGCUGGACGGACCUUCAGCUUUUGCUUCAGCUUCCUGCUGCCCAGGGGUCUGGUGUCAUCCUUCAAGAGCAAGUUGGGCUGCGUGCAUUACUGCGUGAAGGCCACGCUGCGGCGGCCAUCUCAGGCAGACCUGCAGUGUGAGAGAGACUUCGAGGUCGAAGAGCUGCUGGAUGUGAACCGACAGGACCUGCAGGCCCCGGUCUACGUCUCCACGAAGAAAGCGCUGACCUGCAUGUUCAUCCCUGAGGGCCAGGUGUCCAUCAGUGCAGGAGUGGACAGGAUGGGCUACUGCAUCGGCGAGAUGGUCCACAUCCAGGCCAAGUUUGAAAACAGGUGCUCCUGCCUGGUGGUGCCCAAGGCUGCCAUCUGUGCCAAGCACUCAUUCAUAGCUGAUGGACACACCAAGACUCACCUGAAGAAGCUGACGGUGGCCCGAGGAGAGGUGAUCGUCUCUGGAAGCGACGUUGAGUGGCAGGGCAUUGCCUUGAAGAUCCCCCAAGUCAAGCCAACGCUUCAGCACUGUGACAUCAUCAAAGUGGAAUAUGUCCUCCAGGUUCUCUUGUGUCCACAGGUCUACCUGGCGAUACCGGGCCGGAAGAAAGUGGUGGUGGAGCUGCCCCUGGUCCUGGGCAACGUUCCGUCCAGAGGCAAGUCCUGCACUGUGAAUGGACCGAUGGGCAGCUGCUGCUCGUUCCUGACUGAGAGCCCCAGCUACGGCACCAUCGGUGUAGACACGCCGCUGCUGGAGGACUGCGAUAAUGAAGGCGAGGAGGUGGGGCUCAUCAUGCGAGCGCCGGCAUCUUCUCCCGCCCUCCUCUGCAACACCACAGUGAGAUGUCUGUACGGGAAUCGCCGGCUUCUUCAGGACCAGUGAGUCGCCGUUCUCGUCGACUGGACCUGGACCUUACAGCGACUCGAGUGGACGUGUGUAAAUAUUUGUACUCUAGAGUUUAUUUUUCUCAUUUGCACCGCAGCUGCCAGUGUAGGGUGUAGACUGGUUCUUCUCAUGAAAGUUGGGGUCUAGAUUUAAAACCAUGAUAAACAGUCGCACGGCUCCACGUCGUGAUCAACUGCCAUGUUGCUGGACAUACCGUGACUCGGGUCUGGGUUCGUCCUUGGGCGUGUCAACGAGAUCAUCCCGCCAUUCUGCUCACCUGCAGCUGGUCAGGUGACCCGGUCCUGUCACACAGUGAGACGUUGUUCUACUUUGUGUUUGCAGUGACAAUAAAG